CUCUUUCUUUCUUUCUUUCAUUCAGAAAGAAAUCAAAUCACACAACCCCAGCCAAAAAACCCUAGCACUGUAAGCCUACACCACCGCCACAAGGAGUGGCAUACUGCCGCGUCCGUCGCACUCAAAGUUUGCGAUCCGUCCGUCUAUCUAGCUUCCCUUGUGAUCCAACUCUUCAACCCCUGUUCGCUGUCACCGAUCGCGGCUGCUUCCUCGAGCUCGGCGUCCGGCGUCUUUGUCUACUCAGCCGCGCUUCCGUCGCCGUUUGUUUGCCGUUCACGUUCGCGUCUUCGUUCAGCUGUCGUCUUCGUUCGCGUUCUUCGCCGUUCACGUUCGCUCAGCGUUCACUCGUCGUUCACCGUUCGAGUUCGGAUUCGUGUUCGUCUCGAAGCCACGUUGCUCUGCUUCAAACACUGCGACCAACCCGCGCGCUCCACCUAGCCGUGGAACUGCUCUCUUUUGUCGCCGCCUUGAACUACGGUUAGACCGGUUGGACCAGUAAACCAAUGAACCAGUGACUAAAAUGGUUUGAUGACCGGUCCGGUUUUCAGAAUCUUGGAAAAAAUGCAGUCCAACUCACUGAAGGAUUAUUUGAAAAGGUAUCAAAGUAACACUGAAGAUGAGAAGAAAAGUAAGAAGAAGAAGAAGCAGAAGCAAAAAAGUCAGCCAAAACCUAGUGGCUUGUUAGUUGUGGAUGAAGAUCCCACCUGGCAGAAACCCGUAGAUCUCGGAGAAGAUAAUGAUGAGAAAUCAUCUGAUGAGGAGAAGCCAGUUGUUGAUGAAGACAUUGAAGUGAAGCGAAUGAAGAGGCUUGAGCAGCUGAGGGCUAGGCGUCCUUAUCAUGCUAUAUCUGAGGAUGGAAGUGGUUGGAUUUCACUUUCUUCUCAGCCUGUUGAUCCUAUUAAUGUAAACGAUGAUUUAUCACCUCCACGACAGCCUCGCAGAGGUCAUCAUAGCCCGAGUCCUGACAUUUCUCCCCCUCGCCGUUCUCAGCGCCAAAUAUAUGAUGACAAAAAUAAGAAUUAUAAGACUUCUGAUUUGCAAGAUAUUUCUCCACCUCGUGGUCGUCGUCAUGAUUCUCCAAUGAAAGACACUUCGCAUGGAUAUGAGGAAUCAGACCUUUCACCCCCAAGGAAACGGCAGAAGGAUGUUGCAAGAGGGAGUUUGGCUGGUCGUUCUCACCGUCAUUCACCUAACCUCUCUGAAAAUGUUUCACAUCCAACUUUGUCUCCAGAUUUAUCUCCACCACGGAAACACCAAAAGUCCAAUGCAGCACCUGUCAGUGACAGAAAAACAGGUUUGAUUUCUGGUAAAGAUAUCAGAGAAGAGAUUGACAAAAAGAAGAAGGAUGAUUUGAUGAGAUUUAAAAUGAUGGAUCCUUCAAUCAGUGGGCGUGGUGCUGAACCAGUAUAUCGUGAUAAAGUAAAAGGAGUACGCAUUUCCAAGGAAGAAUACUUGAAGUCAAAACAGAAAGUAGAAGAAAAGCCAAAGGAGAAGGAAAUAGAGUGGGGCAAGGGCUUGGCUCAGAAGAGGGAAGCUGAGGCUAGGAUGAAGGAACUAGAAACUGAGAAGGAGAAGCCUUUUGCACGCAGCAGGGACGAUCCAGAACUUGACAACAUGCUCAAGGAUAGAUUAAGAUGGGGUGAUCCUAUGGCACAUUUGGUAAAGAAAAAAUAUCCAGAGCCUGUUCUUCCAGAUUUGGGAGAAGGUGAGAAGAUGAAAGAAUCAGGUUUUGUUGUUCCGCAAGAUAUUCCAGAUCACAGCUGGUUGAAAAGAGGUUUAGAUGCUGCACCAAAUCGCUAUGGGAUAAGGCCGGGACGACAUUGGGAUGGAGUUGAUCGUAGUAAUGGUUUUGAGAAGGAAAUGUUCAAGAGAACAAAUGAGAGGCAAGCUCGAGAUAGAGAAGCAUAUCUUUGGUCUGUCUCUGAUAUGUGACAGCGAUGUAGUUUGUUAUUAGUUCAGAUUAAUUUACUUUUUUGUCCAUUUUGUGUUUUGGGGUCUUCAUCUUUCUUGUACAAAUAAAUAUUCCCAAAAAAAGAUGAAUUCUUUGUUUUUCUUUAUCCCAUACAAAUAAUUAAACCUUUCAUAAUGACACAAGUAAGUUUUGAUUGCUCAAACAC